AUCGCUGACUAGGUUACAUUUUUCCAAGUGAAUUAUACGAUACAAUUCAUCGCUUUUUGAAUAUUCGUACUAAAUCAGAUGGAGUUUCAUUUUUUCAUGCUAAAGAUGGCUUUAAUAUGUAGGAGUAUGUUUUUGUUUUUUUGUUUACUCGUUUGUUCAUUCAGAGAUGGGCCUUUGUUCUGGCCAAUACUUCUUAACGCGUGUAGGCCUGAGCGUGAAGCUUCAUACAAUGCGUUCAAUAUUUCCUGUUAAAUUAAAAGUUGCCAGGUAACCAUGGCUAUUUAGGCUAUAUUUUAUUUCAUGUUAUAUCAACGUUGGUUUUUUAAAGCCCGAAAAUGUAGGCUACAAGUAUGCGUAGGCUAUGUAGUCUUACUGUGUGAAAACGUUCGGCAAAACCUACUUUACGUGCUCAAAAAUAAUCUGCAGACUGCAAAUAACGGACAGGCUUACUUGAGUCUGGACCCAAUCGAGUUGCUUGUGAGGUAGUUAACUGUUUUUUUUUAACUAGCCUAUGUAUCUUGAUUCUGGCAGAGGUGGAUUUUUCAGGGGGUCGUGAACUACCAUGACAAAGGGGGUGGCGAUUCUAGGACAAAUUACGUGAAAUCCCACCCUUUCAGAAUGGGGAGGGGGUAUCCGUGUAUAAAGUUACCAUGCAAAAGAUUCUUCGUUCGAAGCAAUUCGGUUUAAGAGACAAGAAUAAGCGCGGGGGACGGGACUGCGAUGGCAUCGACGGGGCUGCAGAUAUUGGGCAUUGCGCUGGCUGUGAUCGGAUGGCUUGGAGACAUUAUAAUUUGCAUUCUACCCAUGUGGAGAGUGUCCGCAUUUAUCGGCAACAACAUCUUAACGGCUCAGAUUCUCUGGGAAGGUCUAUGGAUGACCUGUGUAGCACAAAGCACGGGACAGAUGCAGUGCAAGGUGUACGACUCGAUGCUGGCUCUGCCUCAGGACCUGCAGGCAGCUCGCGCCCUGGUCGUCAUCUCUGUACUCGUGGGUAUCUUCGGAAUCCUACUGUCAAUCGUCGGGGGCAAGUGCACUACCUGCAUUGAAGACGAAACUGCCAAGGCUAAGGUCGCUAUUGCCUCUGGGGUCUUCUUCAUCAUGAGUGGAGUCCUCUGCCUGGUAACUGUCUGCUGGUCCGCAAACACUAUUAUUCGGGACUUCUACAACCCCCUGAUUACCGACGCACAGAGAAGAGAACUCGGCGCUGCGCUCAUGUAUUCUGCAGGCCUGGAGAUACUGGGGAUGACUCUGUCGGUAGCCGGGUGGCUGGGGGUGAUGGUGGCCUGUUUCCUGCCCAUGUGGAGGGUGGCGGCCUUCGUGGGCCAGAACAUCGUGAUCGCCCAGGUGAUCUGGGAGGGCCUGUGGAUGGACUGCGUGGUGCAGAGCACGGGGCAGAUGCACUGCAAGGUGUACGACUCCAUGCUGGGUCUGCCGGAGGACCUGCAGGCGGCCCGCGCCCUCACCAUCGUCUCCAUGUUCCUGUGCGUGGUGGGCAUCAUCCUGUCCGUCGCGGGCGCCAAGUGCACCAACUGCACGGAGGACGCGGCCAGCAAGCCCCGCAUCGUCCUUAGCGCCGGGGCCGUCUUCAUCACCGCCGGCCUCCUGCAGCUGGUGGCCGUCUCCUGGACCGCCAACGUCAUCGUGGCCGACUUCUACAACCCGCUGCUGGGGGACACGCAGAAGAGGGAGUUCGGAAACUCGCUGUACUUCGGCUGGGGCGCGUCCUCCCUCCUGAUUUUAGGGGGGGCGCUUCUCUGCUGCUCCUGCCCACCCAGGGCUCGGGACUGCGCGGCGACCAGAGCGGAUUACUCAGCCGCCAAGCCGGCAUCCUCCGCCGGACACAACCACAAGGAUUACGUGUGA